AUGUUCACUUUGUACGAUUGUGGAGCGAAUCCGAAGAAAUCGACGAUGACAAGCGAUGUUCGACAAGAGCUUGCCGCCGUCAUAUAUGACACGAAUGUGCUGGGAUUCAAAGGGCCUCGUAAAAUGCACAUACUAAUCCCUGGUAUCUACGAUGUGAACACCUAUGAACGCAAAUCGAUUCGUCCAGUGGCGGCCAAGGACACACUUUUGGAGAGGUACCGGCAAAGACGAACGGACGACAUCAUUGUCAUGCAGAACAAAAGCCCAGUGUGGAACGAAGGUAUUCUUAACAGAACGAUUGAAUACUACUGA